CUCCGUCUAGUACGUUAUCCUGGCGAGAGAGGCGCACACGCACCCGGAAUGGAGUUAUCCCAUACUUACCCGAAUAAAGACUCAAACUAAAACUGGACUCUGUGCAGUGUUUAGUGAAUAUGCGAUGUGUUCUAAGUGAUCGUGAAAUACCAACCGAUUUCAAAAACAUCGAGCUCACAACACCUACAUAAUGACAUUAAAACCUACGACCCUUAAAAUGAUCCCGAACAGUACAAGAACAUUUUUGUGACAUUCGCUGUGACCGUGAAAGAUGAACGAGCCCGAUUGUUCGUAUGAAAUGCACGUCAGAAAUGACGACGAUAGCGAUGGAAAAACUAAACUAUCUGCCGGAAAGAUAUUCUAUAGACCAGGUGUUAUUGAAGAGGAAACAGAUGAAACUAGCGUUUUCGAUAGCUCUGUGAUAGAAAGCCCAAUGCUAUACAGUGCAAGUGGGUUCCUAAAGGCUCCGAAGAUUCAUACCUCGACCAGUCUUCACAGAAUACCGACGUACAGCAGCUCCAUUGGACAGAGUACUGUGUAUCGACAAGACACUUGCAGCGAGCUGAUAAUUUCCGAUAUAGAAUCUCGCGGUACAAUUAUACAACAUUUAGCGCGUUGUUGUGCCGGCGGGCACGAGAGAGUCAGUCGUGACCGAGGCAUUAUCGCGCGCGAUGCUUCAGGAGGCUUGAGACCGAGGGAUGGUGGCACAGACGGUCCGCCGCAAGUGAGUCGCGCGCACGACCACCUCGCUCCACACACCAUGCACGCCGACCCCGAGUCGCCCUCCUGCAAGGAGGAGACCCAGCUUCUGCCCGACGAGUGGCUCAAAGUGAAGACCGUGCCCGGCAACGGAAACCUCUCACCUGGAGUAUACUACCCCACAGGCAGCAAGAGGUUGGUCGACGCCCGUCCCCACGUGCAGCCGUCACCAACAGAAACCAUACCGAGUCGGUCUCACAGACAUGGCGUCACACGAAGGACUAGACGACGAGCCAUACUCAAAAAUGGGGAGUGCAAUAUUCUCAAAUCGAGGAUUUCUCAGCGGCGGUUGAAAUUCCUGCAGGAUAUGUUCACGACUCUCGUGGAUGCACAAUGGCGUUGGACUCUGUUAGUGUUUACACUCUCCUUUAUCCUAUCGUGGCUGGGCUUCGCGCUGAUCUGGUGGCUCAUAGCAUUCACACACGGUGAUUUAGAGCCCGAACAUCUGCCAGGCAAUCAGGAGGCUAAUAACUGGAAGCCUUGUGUUUUCAACAUAUUUGAUUUUACUUCGUGCUUCCUAUUCAGUAUUGAGACCCAACAUACUAUAGGUUAUGGUUCUCGCACUACGACGGAAGAAUGUCCGGAAGCAAUAUUCAUCAUGUGCUUGCAGAGUAUCGUUGGAGUUAUGAUCCAAGCAUUUAUGGUGGGCAUAGUUUUUGCAAAAAUGACGAGACCCAAACACAGAACGCAGACGCUACUGUUCUCGAAAUAUGCAGUGGUGUGUCAAAGAGACGGCGAGCUGUGCCUGAUGUUCCGAGUGGGUGAUCUGAGGAAAUCGCAUAUAAUAGGUGCCAGCGUCAGAGCUCAAUUAAUCCGAUCUAGACGGACGAAGGAAGGAGAGGUACUCUCUCACUAUCAAACGGAAUUAGAGCUGAACGCUGACGGUUGCGAUAGCAAUUUAUUCUUCAUAUGGCCUAUCACGAUGGUCCACCGGAUAAAUAGGGAAAGUCCGUUCUACGGAGUGUCGGCGGCGGACGUGCUCCAAGAACGGUUCGAGAUCGUGGUGAUCCUGGAGGGAACGAUAGAGUCGACGGGGCAGACGACGCAGGCUCGGUCUAGUUACACCACCAGUGAGAUAAUGUGGGGACACAGAUUCGUGCCACUAGUGAUGUAUAAUCGUGAGCGACAGGGUUACGAAGUGGAUUACUCUAAAUUCGACGAGACGACGCAGGUGGACACACCGCUGUGCUCCGCUAAGGAGCUGGACGAAUUCUACGGCAGUCAGGCAGAUCGUAGAUCUAUCGAGAGUACAGAACAUCAUCAGCAAAUGAUUUUGAAGAUGCCAGACCGCGCGCCGGCCGCCGUGCAAACUGACCACAAGGAUGGAGACUUCACAGUUACCUUAUAAACGAAGAUUGUUACAAAUAAACACUUUGUUGGUUGUAGGAUAUAUUUUGUAUCCGCCCAAGGUGUAAACCCGCCAUAGUGGCCCACCUAUUGGUGGCGAAGGGUCCAUAUAACACGAUUCCGGUCGGCUUCCCUUUCAUAAUUUAUGUAAAAUCUAAUCGUUAUUAUAACGAUUUCCAGACCGCAUUUAUGCAUAUUAUUAGUAGCUAUAAGUUGUGUUUGGUUACCUUUUGAACAAUUUCGUCCUUCGCUACCGCCAUCUAUGGCGCGUUUUUGAAUCAGCCUGUGUAUAUAUCCAGCUCCGAAGAGACCGGCAUAAUGAUGUCGACUGACGAGGGUCAGUCUUCUCUCGUAAAUCAAUAGUCUAUCUCGACGCCAUUCCAGUAACUAUUACGUUCAGUGGAGUCACUCUACCGCGCUCGUAUAAAAUUAUAUACUUGAAAUCACGAUACGAAAACAUGUGAAAUGUUUAAAAAUAUUUUAUUAUGUAAGAUGAAAUAGAAUAUACGUACAAAACUCGUACAAAUAAAUCCCGGUGCCGCUAGUCAGUAUAUAAAGUGCAGAAUCUCAAAAUAGUUUAUAAUAAAGAGGUUGUGCGAUGAAAACAUUCCAAUGUUAUUAUAAUGAAAAUGUAUUUAAGUAAUAUAUUUUAGAGAUAAGUGAAAAUUACUUUGUAAUUCUCCGCUUAAUGUGUAUAAAUCUUUUAAUUUAAAGUAAACUCUGUAAAAGUUUUAUGUGGGUCAAUGCGCAUAUCAUUUGAUUUCAUUUUGUUACUGUGUAAAUAUUGAAUGAAUAAUUAUUUAUGUUGUGACGUU